GCUGGUUUUGUCGAAGUCACGCGAAGACUUUGUAUAAAUAAAACGAAAAGUUGAAGGCUAUAUACUCACUCCCUUAGUUCUUCCUUACACUACCAAGCAUAGCCUCUUCAACCAAACCAAGGAAAUGGAGGGAGAUCAACAGCAAAAGUUGUUGAUCAAAGAGCAAACAUCAGAAGAGGAAUCGUCACUGGUGAAGAGGGUGUGGAAUGAGAGCAAGUUGAUGUGGAUAGUGGCAGCACCAGCCAUAUUCACUAGGUUCUCCACCUUCGGUAUCAAUGUUAUAAGCCAGGCUUUUGUUGGUCAUAUCGGUUCACGAGAACUCGCUGCUUUUGCUCUUGUUUACACUGUUCUCAUACGUUUUGCGAAUGGUAUUCUGUUGGGAAUGGCGAGUGCAUUAUCAACACUUUGUGGACAAGCAUUUGGGGCAAAAGAAUAUAGUAUGAUGGGAGUGUAUCUUCAGAGAUCAUGGAUAGUGUUAUGCUCAACUGCAAUCUGUCUUCUUCCGUUGUUCUUCUUCACAGGCCCAAUUUUGAGGCUCCUAGGCCAAGAUGAGAACAUAGCACAAGUUGCGGAAACCAUUUCUCUUUUGUCAAUUCCUGUCUUAUUUGCUUUUAUUUUUUCCUUCACCACCCAAAUGUUUCUGCAAUCUCAAAGCAAGAAUGUCCUUAUAGCAUUCUUGGCAGCUAUGUCAAUAGCUAUUCAUGUGUUACUGUCUUGGCUAUUGACAAUACAAUUUAACAUUGGAAUUGCCGGCGCAAUGAUUUCAACAAGUGUGGCAUUUUGGGUUACUAACAUUGGCCAACUAAUAUUUAUUACCUGUGGCUGGUGCUCUGAUACAUGGAAAGGCUUCUCAUUUUUAGCAUUUAAAGAUCUUUGGCCUGUUGUCAAGCUUUCCCUCUCAUCUGGGGUCAUGUUAUGUCUUGAGCUGUGGUACAGCACAAUAUUGGUUCUUCUGACGGGCAACUUGACAAAUGCAGAGGUCCAAAUUGAUGCUCUAUCGAUAUGCCUCAAUAUUAGCGGAUGGGAAUUGAUGAUAUCACUUGGUUUCAUGGCUGCUGCAAGUGUUCGAGUGGGAAACGAGCUUGGAAAAGGAAGCUCCAAAGCUGCAAAAUUCGCCAUACUGGUGUCAGUGCUUACAUCCUUAGCCAUUGGAUUCGUUCUCUUCUUAUUCUUCUUAUUUUUAAGGGAAAAACUUGCCUACGUAUUUACCUCAAGUAAAGAGGUGGCCGAUGCUGUCGGUGACUUGUCACCUUUGUUGGCAAUCUCCAUUCUUCUCAACAGUGUGCAACCUGUACUCUCAGGUGUUGCAGUCGGAGCAGGGUGGCAAAGCUAUGUAGCAUAUGUGAACGUAGGGUGUUAUUAUGUCAUAGGUGUUCCUGUAGGAAUGGUGCUUGGUAAAGUUCUCCAUUUGGAAGUCAAGGGUAUUUGGAUCGGAAUGUUGUUUGGAACAUUUAUUCAAACUAUAGUGCUAAUUAUAAUCACCUACAAAACUAAUUGGGACGACCAGGUAAUUAAAGCUCGUAAUCGAGUUAGCAAGUGGUCGAAGGUGAAUGCUGAUCAUGAAAGAAUUACAUCAAACAGUUAGUAUGUGAUAUGUUAACCAUCAGUGUUAGUUAUAUAACACUAAUUGAUAACUAUUUAAUAAAAUUAAAUCGUUACUUUUACUUGAAUUAAAUAUAUGGUAAACUGGUUAGGGUUAUAUAACUAAUAAUGAUGGUUAAAUCCAAAAUUAGUGGAUCUAACCGUGGAUUCAGUUUUGUAAUAUUGUUUUUGUUGCCUGUGUGAGAAAGGCAGAUGAUGUAUAUUUCCUACACGCAAAUUUUCUUCGAUAGGAUACUUGAAUUUCAUUGAA